CUACAAAGCAGCAGAAAAAGAAAAAGCCAGCGCACAAUAAGCGCUGUUGCUGCAGAGCGGUUCCCCCCUUCACACGCAUUUCUCACAGAGCUCAUCAUAAAACCAAAACAUCGGUCCGCGAUGCUCUUUUUGGGGUUGAUAUUUUGUAAAUAUUAUGUCUAAGAGAGAUUUUUUGGGGGGCUUUCUGUGCGUGAAAAGUUCCCGCAGAGCGCGCAGCUCCGCAGCCGCUGUCUGCUGCUGUAGAUGCUGAGGAACUUCUCCUCAAUAAAAGCUGUAACAGAUCCCCUCGGGCCCCAGUAACAUCGGCAUCAUGACUUCAUCCACCAAAACCUUGGAUGGAGGCUGGGGAUGGGCAAUUGUUGCUGCGUCUUUCAUGGCCCAGCUUCUGUCCUUUGGAUCCCCCCAGUCCGUGGGGGUCCUGUACCCCGAGUGGUUGCACACCUACCAGGAGAGCAAGGCCAUGACCGCCUGGGUGGGCUCUCUGGUGGGAGGAGUGGGAUUAAUUGCCAGUCCCAUCUGCAGUGCCUGCGUAGACAACUUUGGAGCACGCCCUGUCACCAUCUUCAGUGGUGUGAUGGUGGCAGGUGGCCUGAUGCUCAGUGCAUUUGCUCCAAACGUCCAGUUCCUCAUAUUUUCCUAUGGAAUUGUUGUUGGCCUGGGUUGUGGUCUUGUCUACGCAGCCACCUUGACAAUCACCUGUCAGUAUUUUGACAAGAGACGCGGCCUCGCCCUUGGCAUCGUCACCACAGGCACAAGUGUAGGCGCCUUCAUCUAUGCCACCGCUCAGAACGAGCUGAUUGUCCUCUACGGCCUGGAUGGCUGCCUGCUAAUCAUCGGAGCCAUAGCACUGAAUCUCAUGGCAUGCUCUGGUUUCAUGAGGCCCCUCAACAUGCCUGGGUACUACAUCAAACAAAAGGCAGCCCUCGAGCGAAACACGGAGGAGCAGCUCUUCGUGAAGCCACCUUUUGAUGACCUCAAGAUUGCAGUGGGUUCAGCAACGACCGCUCCAGAGAAACCUCUCACAGUGAAGGAGUUGCUCAUCACCAUUGAGUCCAAGGACUUGACGAUUCAAACAGAGAAAAAAGAGGGUCCCUUAGCUGGAUUAGCCAUCAUGAAAGCAAUCAAGAAAAAACACAAGGCUUACUGCAAGUACAUGCAGUCUUUGUACGAGAUCUUGCAGGACCAAGAAAUGGUGGCCUUCUGCAUUGCCAUCUUCUUGUUCAGCUUGGGGGCAUUCCCACCUGUCCUCUUUAUUGAGGAUGUGGCACAGAGUGAAGGACUCAUUGAAGAAGUUAGCAUCAUUCCUCUUGUAUCAAUAGGGGCUAUCAGCACCUGCAUAGGCAAACUAGCACUGGGCAUUAUAGUGGACUUCAAAUGGAUCAACGGUGUCUACCUAUAUGCCUUCACAAUGUUUGCAGGAGGUUUGGCACUGCUCCUUAUCCCCAUCACCAAAAGUUAUAUUGGACUGCAGAUCCUUACUGCCAUUCUUGGUUUCUUCUCUGGAAACUGGUCGCUCACUUCUUACAUUACCACUAAAAUCGUUGGCUUAGAUAGACUGACACAAGCUCACGGCAUCCUAAUGUUCUUCGGGGGAUUCGGAAUCAUGCUUGGGCCCCCUGUUGUUGGGUGGUUUUUCGACUGGACGCAGUCUUACGACUUGGCGUUCUACUUUAGUGGGAGCUGCGUGCUGUUGGGAGCAUUUAUCCUCUUUCUACUCAGCCUUCCCUGCUGGAACAGGAAGUCCUCUGAGAAUAACAAACCCGAAGUCCAAUACACCUGCACCUGUGAAAAAGUUGCCUCAGUUGCCUGAAUUUAAGCACCUUUCACAAAGAUCCCGGCACUUGCUGCUCACAGACUGUUUUUUUGGACUAUGCUCAAACAAACUCUUAGAGAUUUUUUUUCUCUAAAUAUGCUGGGAGUCUUCUGUAUUUCUGCUGCCAGAUUUCAAUAUACCAGGUUCUCAGGUUCAACCCACUUACAGCAGAUAUUUUUGAAGUGUUGACUCUAAAUCCUUUUAUGAAUAUUUUUCUUAUUAUUACCUCAUUUUACGAGGUUGGUAGAACAAUGUUGGUAAAAAAAACUCCAAAAUGUCUUUUUUUAUUGUAGACUAUUUUUUCCUUUGGGUCUUAAAAACAUAAAAUUAUGCCACCAAUGAACAUUCUGUAAAACAGAGUGUAACACAGUAAAAUGUGAUGUUGAAACGCACACAUAAUCACCCAUUUUAAGGUAGACAAUAGUUAAUUAUGUGUUGGUUGUAAGCUUUUUUUUUUGAUACUCAUAAAGGGUAAGUCUGAUAUUGUAUUUUGGUCUCAGUAAGUGAUCACUCCACUCUGUAUGUUACCAAAGCAUCUAGGAUAACCAAUGCCUGUUAUCAAAUAAUGCCUGUUAAAUCAACGUACAUGCCUUGCUUUCUUCUUAUGUUUUCAUAUGUAAUUGCAUUUUGUUUUAUGUUUUACAAUAACAUAAGCUGAACAUACCUCUUUCUUUGACCAGACAGAUACUUGUAAAAACAUGUAGACAAAUUGGCAAAUCUUGCUGUUUGUGUGACAUUUUUGCAGCAUGUUGAUUCUCUGUGCUGCAAGGGUUUUUCAUGAGACCUCACAAAGUUUCAUUUCGGCCCUCCUGGUCCUUGUCCAUCACUUUCUGUGCAUCUAUGUUUUUUUUGUGUGUGUUUGCGUCCCUGCACCCAGUCGUUCGCUUCUGAGUCAUGUCCUUAUAUUACCCGUAGUUUGUUAAGCUCUAUGUGCUAGUGACUUUUAUAUGCACAAAACUGGUUAUAGAGCUGUUAAACAAUGUUAUAAAGGUUGUUAUUGAGUUGAAGUGUAACAGGCUUUUGAAACUGUAUAUGCUGUUGAGUAAAACCACUACAGAUGUUUUUGGUAGCUCCAGUGUAAAGAGUGAGCGUGAAUCUGGGACUUAAUUGUUCAUCAUUGUUUUGUUCUGGUAGGGUGCAGCAGAUGAAGUACUGUAGCCAUUCAGCUGUAUGUCAUAGCUUUUCAUUUUUUUAUUUCAUCAUUGUAAUAUUUAUGUGAGCCUUAUAGUUUUCUUGUUUUAUUUAAAAUGUGCCAAUAAAGCU